AUGCAUUCUCCACUCCAUCGUCUCACAGAAAGCACCACUACUGACAGCUUUGUCAAGAACACGAUGGUCCUUUUCCUCGUCGUGAUGAUCGCAGUCUCCACCUCAGCCAAUCCAAUGAAUAACCAAUUCGAUCAUCUCUGGCCUAUUCAGAAAUCUUCGUUCUCCUCAACAUCCUCUUCUUCUUCUCUUCUUCAAAUCUCUUUAUUCAAUACUUCUGACUCUCAACAAUCUUCAUGUUCUUGUCCCAACUGCUAUUGCAAUGCACAGACCUGUCCAAAAACGAUUCUUGCCAAUCGUUUCACAGUUUUGGUAUCUAUGGAAUGUUCGGGUUCUUUGACAGCCGGCGUUGGACUUGUGAAUAUAAGAUCCGUUGACACGAGUGGGAUUCAAUAUUUUCUAGUGGAUGCUGCCAAUAAGGAAAAGGCACUCAACGGUCAACCAUUUGAAUUUUCUUCCUAUAAGAGUACUGAAAAUAAUCAAUAUUCGACUUGUGUCUCUGAUGGAAGACCUUCAUUUCGUCCAUUUGCGAAUUCCAAUAGUGCUUACAUGGUGGUGAGAAAUAGUAACAUGGUGUCAACCUCCAUGUUGGAAUUCAACGUUCAGUUGUCAUGUGUGAUUUAUCCUGCCACAAUGGUGAGAAUGAAAACAUCCUUUGCCAAUGAAUAUUUCACAAAACAUUAUGUUGGAUAUCCUUCCACCUUUGCAUUCAGUUUUGUGAACAAAUGGGAUGGAAUUGACACUUGGCAGCAAGGUAUCAUUUCAUUGACAGGUGUUUCAUCCACUCAACGCGCAAUUGUUGUAAAUGGUGUUGGAUCCAUGCAAUAUUUUCCAACCCAAGCAGGAAUUUUGAAUUUACGUUUCACAUACACUCCAAACCCAAACGUUUAUGGUGGUUCUUGGGAUAAUUUAGAUUCAAGAAUUAUUGUCAAUCAAAUGGCAAGCAAGGGUUCAAUUGAUAUUCAACCAGGAAGAGCUCUCCUGCCUGGUGAGUCAUUCACUGUGAAUUACAAAAUUUUUGACAAUGAUGGAUCCAUCACACCUUCCUUGGACUUGUCAAAAUUCAAAAUUGAGGCAUAUCAUGAAAAAGGCCCUCGAAUGAGAGAUGAUCUCGUUUCAUGUAUGCAUGUAAUGAAUCGAAGAGGAGAAGGUUUCAUCAAUUGUAACACGUCAGAAAUGAUUGCUAGUAACUUUGAAAUUCGAGCGAUGUUCAAUGGUGUUGUGUUGGAUACAAAAACGAUCCUACUCGACGGACCUGUGUUAAUCUUUUCAUUGACACCUUUGCAAUGGCUUUUCAUUCUCGGAAUAUGCAUUGUCAUUGGAGUUGUUGUGAUAGGAGGUAUUUUAUUGGUUGUCUAUUUUAUGAGAAAGAGAGAAAAGAAAGAAAUGGUGAAAUUGGAAGAUCCUAUCGAUAAUAAUAAGGAAUUGGAGCUAGAGAAUAUGGAACAGCCAUUUAGAAAUGCUCAAGAAAAUUAG